AUGGCGUUGCCGUCCGGAGGAGGAGGAAAUUUCAUCAGGGAAUCACUCUUGCGGCUAUCCUUACACGUACAAAUGCUGUUACUGUAAGUCUUGAAUCUGAUGAGAAGACAUGCUUAAAACGAAGAGGUUAAAUAAAUUAGGCGGAGCCUGCAUUUGGUUCCCUCGCCGAGUUCGGCGCCAAAUUAUCUUUAACAAUUAAAGUACAAGAUAAUAUGGAAGUUUGAAUCAGCAAAGUCUACUUUGGAGAUGUCUGUGCUCAGGCCUUUUUUGUCUCGACUUAACAAACUGACAACAAUUUUCCAUGGUCUGUACUCUCGUACUCUUAUCGAACAUAGAAAUGACAUCAAAAUGUUCAAAACUCAAGUGGAACCACGAGCCGCAGACGAGUGGUUUCACUGCAAAUUUUUGAACAUUUUGACGUCAUUUCGAUGGUCGAUCAGCGUACAGACAAAUAGAAAAUUGUUGUCGAUUGUUUUUUUUACAAUAACAGUCACAGUUUUUUACCAUUUCCAUUUCCGUUGAAGUUUCUCGGAAAAUCGCGUGCGCAAGAAAGAGAAAAACAAACGAAUUUAAAAAUUUAUGGACCAGUUUUACUAUUUAACACCAUAUUUAGGCACUGAUUUUUUUUAUGUCAUCAUUGUUCUGUUAAUUGCAACGGAUGGUAGCGGUGGAUAUGCAUGGAGUGAAAUUUAAAAAAAAAAGUAGGUUUUAAUGCUAUGCCUACACUAUCACCGAAGAAAUAUUAUGGUUAGCACUCCCUGAUGAAAUUUGUUUGAUAUUUUCCCCAUAACUCUACAGAAGCAUUUUAGGAAUGAGUAAAGGCACAAAGUAAUGACUUCAGCACAGAAUUGACCUUAAACAGCAAUAUCCUUCUGACUUUGCCACUUUAAAGUGCACUGGAUUCUUAUAUAGAUGCGGGGUUUUCAAUUAGGCAAGACAUUCCUGAAAAAAAAAAGAACCUUCUAAUGCUUCUACCACACAUGUCCUUAGUUUAUAGCCUCCUGAUUUUCUACGCUCGAAAAAUUUCCUGACCCCAAUAAGUACCAUGAGGUUUUAACCAACCGUAUUGUUGGUCACAAUGUGGACACCUUUUUCAACAGUACAUGCUAACUCUUGACAAUUUUGGUCAUUUUUUAGAUGACGAUAAGGAGUUGACUUAGAAGAGUAGUUUCAAACUUUGUGCAAGAAGCCAUAUGCCAUCUACAGCAAGACUCUGUAGACAUCUGCAAGUGGAUCCCUUAAACUAAAGCCAGAUAGAUAAAUAAAUAAAUAAAUAAAUGCUUUAAGGCAGUAGAGGCCAUCUGGGUACAAUAAUACAGAUGAAGAAACAAAUUUAAAAUAUGUAGAAGUCUUUUUGUCUAAUUUAGUUUUAUUACUUGUCAUAACAUGUAGGUGCUUGUUCACCCAACGUUUGAAAGCAUGUGUCAAGUUGAAUCAAUGCGUAUGCUUACAUCGAGAACGACACUUAUUUUUUUAUUAGACUGCUUUAAUCGUCGAUUCUUCCAGUUUGCACAUUUUGUCACCUCUCUACAUUAAGGACAGUAGACUUUGUGCUAAAGUUAUCAACCUUCAUACCUGAUACUUUUAAAAUCCGAUUUGUGACGCCGAUACAGACAUUAAUCAGUGAAUGCGGGCAAUCUCUGAUUUUUGCCGCACCUUGGAGCGACAGCUGAUAUAGAAGCAUCGAUAGAUUGCCAUGUUUAGGUAUAGUUCACAGCCAAAAGGUUUUCCUCUCUCAGAGGUGCCAACUUGCGGGCAUCUACUGGGGAUGGAGGUGGCUACAUCCCGAAUUCCGCAAUAACGGCUUCCUCCAAACUGUCUAUAGUGCACUGGUCCUGAGAAUGCGAGGCUUCUUUUCCAGGGUGCAACUGGCCGUUUUGGAACCUGGAUACCCUUAUAUCAAGACCACAGCCAAUAGGCCACUUCAAAAUGAGGCCAAGUACACAACCUUUCUUGUGAAAGUUAGUUUUAUUUGCAUGAGAAUGAAAAAUCAUUUGCAUGUCAAAGGUUGAGCACUUAACCUCGCUUUGAUACAGAAGCCCGAGGGAACUUGGAAGUGGCCUAUUGCUUCAGGUGGCCUUUGGAGCUGUCACACAAGUCACGGGUUUUUCCAACAGAAGGUUAUUAUAUCGCAGAUCACUGGGUUCAGGGCUCAGUUAACUGUUCCUAAGGCCGAUAAGCGCAAAUCCAGGGUGAAAUUUUAAUCCGGAUUUCUUUUUCUUUUAGUUUAAAAGCGCUGUCUAGGAUAAAUUUCUGUAUUAUUUUUAGAACAUGCAUCCAAUAACCAAAUUAUAUAUUUUUUAAAAAGUUGCUUUUUAAGUGCUCAAAUUUCGCCUUAACCUUGAGUUAUCUUAAUUCAGGUUUGAACCACCCGGCCCAGGGCCCGGUUGCAUAAAACGCCCGUAACAACUACGGGUACACGUACGUGCACUCGUAACUUAAGUCAGUUGCAUGAAAUCACUUAAGUGGUCCACUUAGGGAAUUCACUUAAGUGGUUGCACUUACGAUUUUCGUAAGUGUUCACUUAAGUGUCGUUUAUGCAACAGAAAUUGCGGGUGUUGCAUAAAACUUUUUUUACGGGAAAAAUAGCACGUAAAUUUACGGGACCUAUGUAGGUCCCGUAUCGUUACUGUUUUUACUAAAUUUAACGAGAUCUUUUACUGAGAAAUGAAAAAAGUAUUUUUCUUCGCGUAAUUCGUUCUAAUGCGCUUUGUUAACCUCUGAUGUACAUUUUUGUGAAAAAGAAGAAGAACUAUCAUUUUCAGUAGAUAUUGAAGAAAAAUAACGUUUGCAUGCAAAUUUCAUUUUUUGAGAGGCUUAAAAGUGUUCGAAACGACCUUUAACUUUCUUUACACUCACCAAUGGCUAGCUUAAAAAAAAAAGAGUGAAUCAUUAAUAAAGUACUAUAUCAAGGUUACGUUUGUCCUUAAGUGAGCCCGUAAGUUACCACGUAAAACAGAAACUUACGAGAGUGCUAAGUGUGUUCCAUGCAACACCCGUAAGUGUACCCAUAACGGAUUCGUAAGUGACCUACUUAAGUGAGCACUUAAGUGCAGGUUUUAUGCAACCGGACCCAGAGCUAUACCCUGCAAUAAAGUAACAAUGGUUACAGGUUCCAGCCAUAUAAGCAAACGGGUCACACCAAGGUACAUUGUUUUUGGGGGUACAAUUUAAUCAGGAAUCAGGGGCGCCUAACGCCGAAUAUAAACUAUUGAUUGAAAGCAACUGAAAGACUCAUAACACACAUCUGUUCAGGGACCGGGGAGGGGGAGGGGCUUAUAGCCUACCACCUUUUUCCUGGGAUUUAUUAUCUAGGGCUCCAGUUGACAUGGAAAAUAGUCGCGAAAAUGUUUGGACUUUGCCCUAAAAAGUGGACGGUUAGAGCCAGUUUUUUUCGACGAAUUCUUGAGAACUAUACAGUUCUUAUGGAAGAGUCGAAUGUUUUCUUGUCCGAACGAUUACAACCCGAUAUCCAGGCAAGGAUAAUAGCAUGUAAGGCCUGAAUGGAACGAUUUGACUUUUUCUUUAGUUUGCGUCUUGGAGAGCGGCUUUAUUCCCACACCGAUAAUCUAUCUAAAGAUCUUCAGGGUACUAAGGUGGCUGCUUUGAGUGGACAGCGCCUGCCAAAUCUAAGAAAGGAGACGCUCACAAAAAUAUCCACUACCGAUCAGAGCUUCGACCAUUUCUAUGCUAAUGUUUCCCGCAAGAGUGAAGGCCUGCUUGGUGAACCAACGCUUCCAAGAAAGCGAUGCACUUCGGCCAGACCGGAGGUUGGCGCUGGUACACCAAGCUACCCCCAAUUGAACUGCCAAGGAUCGAUUUAG